UGCAUGGUUAUAACGGCAAGACGGUGGAAAUUAUUUGAAUAUGAAUAGAAAGCUAUGCAAUACUGCUGGUGUAAUGCUCUAAAUGUAAUCUAAUAGAGAAUAUAGUAAUUUAUCAACCUAUAUUUUCUCCCUUUGUUUUCAUACUGUUCAGAUAAAAAAAACGUGUGUGCGUUACUCAAUAUCCAAGUUUAGGCUACUGUGUAACUGUUAUGGCUACAUUCUGUCAGGUACAUGUAUAUAGCGUCUAGGAACCGUUGUUCAACUGAAACAUUCUGUGAAGUAAUGGGUUCUAAAUUGACCAGGCAAAGAAGUCUGGACCAAAUAGAAGCCACAUUUUCCAACAGGAGACGCCAGCAGCAGGACAGCUCCGGAGAAACUGAGCGGAGUGGUGGCAGAGGAGGUGGGGAAUUCUUGUUUACAUCCCUGAUGCUGAAGUCAGAUAAGCUCCCAGGGAUGCUGCGGAAAACCAAGCACAGCCCCUAUGUGAGACGGGUGGCAUGGAUCCGGGAAAUACAGAAGCUUCUUCGAGAACAGAAACAAGAACAUGCAGUCGAGGUGCUCAAAUUGCUAAGAAAGGACUUGGGACUCCAGGGAACAUCCCUCAAUGAUAUCCUCUAUAAGAACUCAGCCUUUCUCAACCUGGUGGAUCCAAUCUCCCAUGAGCUCUUGCUCAGCCUGGCCAAAGACAUGCAGUGUCCAAAGAGGGAAACAGAUACACUGAAGUCAUCCAACAAGAUCUGCAGACAACUGAUAUUCCACCUGACCCCUCACUCCAAGUGGAUGAGACAAAGUCUUCCCAGGAGGAAGUCGCAGGCCUGUCUUAAAACCACACUGAAGAAGAAACUGACCAACGACGUGGCCAACCUUUCUGGCAUCCCUCUGUCUGGCCGAGACAUCCACCGGGUGGCCUACUACCUCCAGAGUAACGGCAACUCUGUGUCGGCCGUGGACCUCAGCUUCACUGAGCUGCAGGACGAGAGCCUGCGUCUACUGCUGCCCUACCUGGGCUCCAUGCCCAAGCUCACCACCCUGGCCAUCAACGGCAACCGUCUGACGGUGGGCGUGCUGAAGGACCUGACGGAGGUGGUGAAGAACCCCCAGCAGUUCGCCAGCCUGGCAUGGGUGGACUUGGGCAACAACGUGGACAUCUUCACUGUGCCACAGCCCCUCCUAGUGGCCCUGCGCAGACGCUUCGGCCUCCGGAGCAGCCUGCCCACCAUUUACGAGCAUAGCGAGGUGCAGGUCUAUAGUAGUUAUACCUUGGAGACCUCUAUUGAAGAACCCAGCCAGUAUGAGGAGGAGGGAGAGGAGGAGGAGGAGGGAGAGGGAGAAGAGGAGGAGGAUAAGCUGGAGCUAGAGGCAUGGGGAGGUGGGGAGAAGCUUGGGGAGAAGUGUGCAUCCACGGAUGUGGCUCUGAACUACUGUGAGAGGUGAUGAAUCAGAGCCAGCGUUGUAAUUUGACAACCCUUUGUACCCUACUGUCCCCUCACCUUGGCCUGAGCCCUGCCUCCCGUUUCAGCAUGUGUCAUCAUCGCAGGAGAAGCUUGGGGUCACCAAAUUCAUAAACCACUCACGAGGAGAAAACCCUGUUUUGUGUUGUCUCUUUAUAUGUUCCCGAUUGCAGAGAGAGUUCUUGCCAGUUUUGCCAGAAAACGUACAUUUGAGAAAAAACAGACUGUUCUUGUGUUGGUAAAGACAUAGGUAUUCUAGGCACUGCAGUGACAUUUUUACUGUGUCCUCCUGCGUAUGUCAUUCUUUAUGAGCAAAGCAAUCCUACACAACAGGAAUAAGACAGAUUAGAUUUCACCUGACUGUUUUGGCUUUCAAAUGUCAAGUGCUUUUUUCUAAUGAGGUACUUCCAUGUAGCACAUGCAGACUGGAUGACACAGUGGGAGGGUUUGUUUCUAUAAAUAUGCUGCUGUGUUUUAUUGCACAACACACAACAUUUACUAAACGCUGAUUUCAAAACAGAUGGUUUUAAUUAUACAUCCACCAGAUUCACAUUUAUCCCAAAAUAGUUUUUAUCUUCCAAGUAGAGCAGACCCGACUAGGCUGUGAACCUCUGAGUGAGCCUCAACUGGCAGGUUCUGGAUCAGGCUGCCCUUGCCCUGAGCUGGAUGCUGGGGAGAGGACUGUCUGUCUGUCUGUCUGUCUGUCUG